UUUACAAUACAAUCAUUACAUAUUUAACAUUAGGUUCGAAAAUAACCCAAUCUUUUUAUACAAUUUUCUGUUGAGUAAUGGUACCUAUGUUUAAGGUGUAAGUUGGAUUUAACUCUAUGAUGUAUAAUUUCAAAUAUUCUAUGUCUAACUUUUAUAGUAAAAACACUAGAUACACCAUGGAACAACUAAUAUUAUUUUGUCAAAUAAACUAACAAUUUUUAUUUCUUAGGAUUUCUACAAAAAAUUUAAUACAAUGUAUGAUGUUAAUAUUUUUGAAAAGCUUCUUUUUAUUUUGAUAACAAUUUGUUAUAAGAUUUAUGGUCAAUCGCUAAAAAACGAUUUGGAAGAAAAUGUAAUUUGUGGACUUUCUCAGAAACAAAUACAUGAAGCAAUGUCUUAUUCUAAAAAACAUUCAUCGAAAGGUAUUGCUAAAAAUUCAGAAUGCUUGGAAGAACAAAACAUUGGCAACAAUCACUGCUUAACAGAACAGAUCAAAUUGAUCGAAUGUCUUCAGAAAGAAUACUUUUUGGCCGAAGAACAAGGGAAUGAGCUGUUGGAAACUAAUUUAGCGAAAAAGGACAAAAAACUCCAAGAUAUAAUUAAGAAACGUAGCUUACAAAAUAUUAUUGAAGGAAAUGAAGCAUUGGAUAUCAUGGCUAGAGACUAUGAAGAAAUAAUUGUGCAACAUUUGCAAUCUAUUGACAAUUUGAUGAAAAAAACGAUUUGUGUUGACGAUAUAAAUAAAUUGUUGACUAACACAAAAGUUGAACUAGCUACAGUACUACGACGGCAGAUAUUGAAUAAUAAUAUUGAUAAAAUAAAUAGACUUGGCAUAUAUUAUAAUUAAUAAUAUUGUGCAGAGUACAUAUAUUAGAUAGGUUCACUUAUUAGUUAGGUAAAUACUUGUCUAAUAAUAUGAAUUCAACACUAAGAAACAUACAAUUAAAUAAAUACUUUUUAUUACGUGUUCAAUGUUUAA